AGCGAACGAAAAUUUUCAGAUGCGAACAACGACUUUCUGCCUAGCAAUUAUUACCCUCCUAGCCUAUGCUAGGAAUAUUAAUAGCGCCCCAAUCGUAGACGAACCCCCAUCAGAAUUCAUCGACCCCGUACUGCAUGUUAAAGAAACUCCUGAUGGUUACAUCACCUAUAAGGAUCGACAAAUUGAUUCUGAAGAAGAGGACAAAAAGCGAUGCAUCCCACGAGACUCCCCAGAAGGCCGCGCACGUUUACAUCUAAUCAAUAAACAACUCACCGAAACAGAAGCUGGUAACUUGGAUUCAAGCGUUCCGAGCAGUCCACCCGAGGAACCGCAACCACAACCACCGACGUUGGAUGGAACGGCAGUGCCCGAGGAUCCUAUUGGGGAUGCUGAGAAUCUUCCUCAAGCACCGUCUCGACCCCCGUUUAAUGACACUACCCCAUUUGAUGGGGUGGAUGUGAUGGAGACUAUGGAACUCCGUAUUUAUAAGCCACUCUGUGAUUAUUGAUCGUUAUUGAUUGCUCGAUCUACUUAAUAAUAUGCAUUUACGUUGCGAAUAUCAUGUAUUUAUGUGAUUAGUGCCUAGCACAAUCUGACUGACGGU